AUGGCUGAGUUCGUUGAGGAGGGCAUCGAAGGGUUGCUGCCGGCUUUCGAAGCGCUGCGUGAUGUCCAACUGCUUUCACCAGCUGAACUGGAAUUAUUGCCGAAACGCUGCGUAGCAUAUGAAUAUCGUAUUCAAAGAGGCAACAAGGAUGUGGAAUCAUUUCGUGCCUAUGUUGAGUAUUUGAAAGUACUGAUCAAGUUAAUUCGUUUGCGAAGGAAGCGAAUGAAAUUUCAACGAACGAAGGAGAAUGAAAUCGAAGGCGUACUCAAAACCAAAAUUGUCUCCUUGUAUCGCCAGUGCUGUGAACGUUUCCAGGCAAGCCUUUUCGGCUUCUCAUUUCAGCUACGAGUCUUCCCCAGAGAUUUUUCGUUGUUUUGUCGAGCUGCUCAAUUUGAAUUCUCAGCACUUCGUAGCAUUGACAGGGCUCGUUUUAUACUGCACCAAGCACUACGUUUAUAUCCAGAUAGAACGGAAUUAUGGAUAUGCCUUUUAGAAUUGGAAUUGGACAAUAUCAAAUGGUUAUUGGGACGACGGAGUAUUCUGACAGAAAAUUUUCACCCGGACACAUCAUUAAUGGGUGAGAGGCGCGAAAUGAAAGUUGCCCAUGAGGCGCAGAAGGACCCGAAUAAGAAAAUAAAUGUAGAAGGCAAAAGUGAAUUAGAUGCGGUAAUGAGCCUUCGUACCGCUGAAGCAGUCGCCAAUCGAGCUUUGGAAGCCUGCAAGUCCGAAAAAAGUGCGUUAUUGUUGAGUUUUUGGCGAAUUACGAAGCGGUAUGGUGUAGUGGCGAAGCGACUAACAACGCAGUUUUAUGAAAAACUCUGGACGCCGGAAUAUAAGAGCGAGGAAAGCUGGAUAGCAAAGUCCGAAUUAAUCAGCUAUGUAAGUUCUUCAUUUUACGCUUCAAGAAUCCCACUUCUGGUUUUGGAUCUUUGA